AUGAGGACCAGGACCUCCCAGAGGAUUUCUUCUGCUAGUCCCCCUCCUCCACUCAUUCUUCUGCCUUCCAUACCCAUGGGAUUGCUGACCAUGCCAGGGACUCUUUCAAUGUCCCUUGGAUGGCUUCAAGAUCCUGUGCCCCAACACCUGGCAGCCAGUCUCACAAUGCCCAUUCCCCUGUCAGACCUGGCACCAGGGUGGGGCAGGACCCCUCAGACCAGCCAGACAAUGAACAAAGAUGAUGAGAAGUAUGGAAAGAAACCAUAUGUCAGUACUUCCCAACCUGAGACUUUACUGUCCUCUUCAACUAUGAUGAUGCCAUCUAACAAGAGGAGUGUAGGCAGCAUAGUGAGUCACAGCCAAUACAUCGCAAACCUGAGGACUAACAUAUGGAGGAGGAGUCACAAAGAAGAGAAGCCAGCAAGUACAAUGAGCAGAACCAAGACUGCCAGCGAGAAGUGGAGAGAGACCAAUUGGCCAGGGCCAAUGUCUCAAACUGGUAUGGACUCUGCCCAGAGGUCACCAGCAUACUCAUGCCAGUAUGAGCAGACCCCUCCCUCUCCUCCUCCAUCUUCAGAGAACCCAGUACAUCAUGAAGCAGAACCCCUGAAUAUUAGGCUGACAGUACUUGAACCAGGAGGGGCCACCACCCUCCAAUCCCACAGUACCCCUCUUCUCAGUGAACCCCCAGCAUCGACUCCACCUUCAGGAGUAAUGAGUCUGUCCUCAGACACUACAGACUUUGAGCCCCUGGAAAUGCCCACAUCUCUGCCCAUGCACUCUGAGGAUUUCCUGGAAGUAGAGUCAUUGGACAACUUAUUGAUGAUGACUACUAACAGAACAUCCAUCUCUAUCACAAGCAAGUGGAGGCAGCAAGAGCAACUGGCAGAAACCAAUAUGACUCCAAUAUCAGCAGUCAACCUGCUGCUGCCUAUGAUAAUACACCAGAUCCUGCAGCUGCUGGGCCAAGCACCCAGCCAGGGCAGUGGGACAAUGAUACAACUGGGUGAGGCAGAGAGUUUCUAUGACCUGCCCACCAAUUUCCUCCUUGAGGAAACAGAGAAGGAGGAAACUGAGAGCAGUGACCCACCCUGUCCUGGUGGGGUUCUUGGAUAUGGUUUACUCGAAUCAAUGGAUGAAGAAGAAUUGGAGCAGAAAAUAAAGAGGGUGAGGAUGCAGGAAUACCAGGAAUAUUACCUGCAAGAGGUAAACUUCUUAUAG